AUGCACGCAGCAUUCAAAAAACGACUUUCUAAAGCUUCAAAACUGAACUUCUGUGUCAGCGCCUGUGAACGGAUUUUAAAACAAUCAGUGAGCUGGAUCGCCAAUGGACGAAAACCCUACAGCCUUUUGACCAAACACAAUUCAGACAACCAAGAAUCGUGGACCAGCUGGUUCAACAUUGAUCAUCCCGGAGGGAACGGGGAUUACGAGCGCUUAGAUGCCAUUCGCUUCUAUUACCGGAACAGGGUGUGUCCAAAUCCCAUCCAGAUCGAAGCCCGGACUACCGAUUGGGUCCCUGCCACCAGUUCGGGCCAGGUGGUCCACUCCAGUGUCCACAAGGGCUUCUGGUGCCUGAAUAAGGAGCAGCCCCCGGGGCAAACCUGCUUCAAUUAUUCAGUCCGUUUUCUCUGUCCUUCGGGGUCUUUGACUGGCAAUUCCAAAUCCGUCUGGUCAUAGUGGUCAACAUGGAGUUCCUGUUCAGGAAAAUGUGACCGAGCUGGUGUGCAGACUCGGAGAAGGAUAUGCCUUGCAGAUACUUUCAUGGAUCCGCGCUGUAAGGAUAUCAGUGAGGAAGUGAGGGCUUGUCUGGGACCCCCUUGCAAAGCCUGUAACCUGACGUGCUCCAGGGGUUGGGUGAAUGCCGAAUGCAGCGCAUGUUUCUGCCAAGGACAUGUACUCUCUGGCAUGGUUGCCCUUCAAGAUGGCGCCCCGGCAGCUGGAGCCCGCCUCUACCUGCAAGCGAAGCCAUCCAAGUUCUUAACAGAGUCAGGCCACAAUGGGGCCUUUGAGGUUCCUGGCCUGUGCCCUGAUGGGAAAACCACCCUGCAAAAAAAAUCCAAGUACGUGACGGCUGUGAUCACUUUGUCAGAGAGUGCUGAAAAUUACUCGGCUGUUCGUAUCUACUUGAAAAGAGCCGAAAAACCAUACAUGACCAUGCAUCCAGGAAACAAAGCCAGAAGAGAGGGUCAGAGUGUGUCAUUCUGUUGUCAUGCCACUGAUCCACUACCUGGCAGAUAUUGGUGGUUCCACAACGAUACUCUGCUGGACCCUGCCCUCUAUAAAUAUAAGAGCAACUUGAUUUUGAAGAAUUUGAAGAUGAACCAAGCCGGACGAUAUUUUUGCAAGACCAGCAAUGAAGCAGGUUCGGUCAAGUCUCAAAGCGCAACCCUUUCUCUCAUAGGAAAGAACCGAACACCCUGUGAGUCCAGGCCGGAGAGUUAUCUCAUCCGACUGCCCCACGAUUGCUUUCAGAACUCGACCAAUUCUUUCUACUAUGACGUUGGUAGAUGUUCAGCUACCACAUGCUCCGGAACAUUACGUGAAGGUUUCUGGUGCAAGGACACCAUAACUUACUGCUGUGGGGUCUCCAAGAUGCAAACACGGGAUAUAACAUGUGCCGGCUACACGCUUCCCAUCAAAGUCCCGGUGGAGUGUGGCUGCCAGAAGUGCACCGAGGUCAAAGUCACCGUGCGAGGACGAGCUGUGGCGUCUGAUACGGGAGAGCCCAUGAGGUUUGGUCAUAUCUAUAUGGGGAACAACAGGAUCAGUAUGACUGGCUACAAGGGCACCUUUUCUGUGCAAGUGCCCCCAGACACCGAGAGGCUGGUUCUCACCUUUGUGGACCGCCUGCAGAAGUUUGUAAACACCACCAAAGUGUUGCCGUUCAACAGAAAUGGUGUAGCGGUGUUCCAUGAGGUCAGGAUGUUAAGGAAAAAGCCACCAAUCACACUAGAAUCCACGGAGACUAACAUGAUUCUGGGAGAAAUGGAAGGAGAAGAUCCAAUCGCCGAAGUUGAAAUCCCUCCCAAUACAUUUUACCGGCUGAACGGAGAACUCUACGCGGGGAAAGUGAAAGCCAGCGUGACUUUCCUGGACCCCAGAAACGUCUCCGGUGCAGCCACGGCACAGUCUGACUUGAAUUUUGUAGAUGCUGAAGGGGACAUGCUUCCUCUGAGGACGUACGGCAUGUUUUCUAUGGAUUUCACAGACGAAACGGCUACAGAAUCUCUCAACGCGGGCCAAGUGAAGGUCCGUCUGGACUCUGCUCAGAUCAAAAUGCCAGAACACCUGCAAGGGAUGAAGCUUUGGUCUCUGAAUCCACAAACCGGUUUAUGGGAGGAAGAAGGGGAUUUUGAACUGGACCACAGCAGGCGUGGAAAGCGAGAGGAGAGGACAUUUCUGGUGGGCAACAUGGAGAUACGAGAAAGGAGGCUGUUCAACUUGGACGUCCCCGAAAACAGACGGUGCUACAUCAAGGUCCGGGCUUACCAAAGAGAGAGAUUCCUGCGCAGUGAACAGGUUGCAGGUGUGGUAGUUUCCGUUAUCAACUUAGAACCAACCCCAGGAUAUUCUACCAACCCUAGAGCUUGGGGGCGCUUUGACAGUGCUGUCACCGGCUCUAGUGGUGUUUGUGUCCCAGCUUUCUGUGAUGACCAAAACCCAGAUGCCUACAGUGCCUACAUCAUGGCUAGUCUUGGAGGAGAAGAACUUGAAGCGGUUGCUUCCUCCCCUCAACUUAACCCUUUCACUGUGGGAGUGCCACAACCAUACCUCAGCAAGCUCAAGUACAGGAGAACCGAUCAUCUGGAUCCCAACAUGAAAACGGCCUUCAGGAUCAACGUGGCCAAGCCUACGCCCAAUAUCGCCGAAGAGAGCAAUGGUCCCAUAUACCCUUAUGAAAAGCUGCACGAGUGUGAAGUGGCUCUCCCCUCCGCGGCUCACUUCAGGUUUUACAGAGUAGAAGGAGACCAAUAUGACUACAACACCAUUCCUUUUAAUGAGGAUGACCCUAUGAACUGGACGGAAGACUUGGCUUGGUGGCCCAAACCGAUGGAAUUCAGGGCAUGUUAUAUUAAAGUGAGGAUCAACGGCCCCCUUGAAUUGAUUGUGAGAUCUCGCAACACAGGGGGCACCCAUCCACGGACUGUCGGCCAGUUGUACGGCAUCAGAGACGUGAGAAGCAUCCGUGCUAUGGGCCAUCGCAACUUUUCAACAGCAUGUCUAGAGUUCAAGUGCAGCGGCAUGUUGUACGACCAAGAACGUAUUGACCGGACGCUGGUGAAGAUUAUCCCCCAGGGCAGUUGUUAUAGGCAGAGCGUGAACAACAUGUUGCACGAAUAUCUGGUAAACCACCUCCCCGUGGCCGUGAACAAUGACUCCAGCGAAUAUACGAUGUUGGCUCCUCUCGAUCCGCUUGGUCACAACUAUGGGAUCUAUACCGUGACCGAUCAAGAUCCUCGGACAGCCAAAGAAAUAGCUCUGGGUCGAUGUUUUGAUGGGACCUCUGACAGCUCUUCUAGAAUUAUGAAGAGCGAUGUGGGCAUAGCGCUAACGUUCAAUUGCCAUGAAAGAGACACACGAGAAAAUGUGUUCCAGUCCCUAAGGAACGUAGCUAGGUUUCCAGACAGCCCUUCUAGAGAGAGAACUGGCCUCUGUGAGAAUCCCAGCCCCCUUAUUAAUUCAUGA